AUGAAUAGGCAUCCCGCCUAUCCUAAAGGCGCUUCAGCCUACCCUCGCGGGUCGAAUGCCUUCUCCAUCUCUCCAAAUCGCUUCCAGCCUCGUUCACAACCCAGCCUGCGCCGCCGCCGCCAGCUCUUCCAACGACUUAUUCUCCUCGGUGGGGUAUCGCUACUUCUAGUGAUCUUCAUCUUCCCAUCAUGGCGCGCAGCACUCCUCCCAGCUAUCUCCCUCGGUCUCUUCCACCCCUCAGCCGACCUCCAGCUCCAAACAGUUCGAUAUUAUGACCUCUCCGAAGUAACGGGUACCGAAAAGGGCUGGGAACGCGGCGAACGCGUCCUAAUGCUCACACCUCUGCGCGAUGCUGCCUCCCACCUCCCCAUGUUCUUCUCGCACCUGCGCAACCUUACAUAUCCGCACAAUUUGAUCGAUUUAGCCUUUUUGGUCUCGGACUCCCGCGAUGAUACCCUCAACAUGCUCUCGAGCAUGCUGCAAGAUAUACAGAAUGACCCGGAUCCGAAAAUGUCUUUCGGGGAGAUCUCAGUGAUCCAGAAGGACUUUGGACAAAAAGUGCAGCAGGAUGUGGAAAGUCGGCAUGGGUUUGAAGCGCAGGCAAGUCGCCGUAAAUUGAUGGCGCAGGCGAGGAAUUGGUUGUUGAGUGCUACGCUGCGUCCUACGCAUAGCUGGGUUUACUGGCGAGAUGCAGAUGUGGAGACAGCUCCGUUUACAAUUAUUGAGGAUUUGAUGAGGCAUAACAAAGAUGUUAUUGUUCCUAAUGUUUGGCGACCGCUUCCUGACUGGCUGGGUGGAGAACAACCAUAUGAUUUGAACUCGUGGCAGGAGUCGGAGACUGCGUUGGCGUUAGCGGAUACUCUGGACGAGGAUGCAGUUAUCGUGGAGGGAUACGCCGAGUACGCGACGUGGCGACCUCAUCUGGCCUACCUGCGCGAUCCAUACGGUGACCCAGAUAUGGAAAUGGAACUGGAUGGUAUUGGUGGUGUGAGCAUUUUGGCAAAGGCCCAGGUCUUCCGUGCUGGUGUUCAUUUCCCUGCUUUCAGUUUCGAGAAGCAUGCCGAGACAGAAGGAUUUGGCAAGAUGGCCAAACGCAUGAAAUUCUCCGUCGUCGGUCUCCCCCAUUACGUUAUUUGGCAUCUAUACGAGCCUAGCGUGGAUGACCUGCGCCACAUGGAAGAAAUGGAGCUGGAAAAAGAAGCUCUAGAGCGCGAGGAGAAAGAACGUGAGCUAGCUCAGCAAAAAGAAGGAAGCCAGGUCAAAAAGGCCCAGGAUGUGGUUAAUGGAGAUGCUGCUAAAGGCUCCGAGGAAGGCCCGAUUGCGCACGCCGAGAAAAACGCUGGCAAGGGAUCAUCCAACAAAUAA